CUCUCCCUCGGCUCACGACUGAAAACCCACUGCAACACACCCUCUCUCGUCCUUUUCGCUCCGAUCUCAGAUGGAGCGUCGCCCAAUCGCGCUUCUCAUACUACUCGCUCUACUCCCUUUCUACACAUGGAUCGGCGGUGGCGCCGCCGCUGUCCCUCCGUCCCCAUCGCCGAAAGCCUCCCCCGCGCCUUCCCCCCCGGCGUCGAAUGCGUCCCCCCGUCCUCCCUCCGCCGCUCAAGGCUCCACCCUCGACCCCCGGCAGCUCACGGCGCUCCAGUCCAUGGGAUUCCCCACAGCCACCGACCCCUGCGCCGACCCCUCCCCCCAUGGCAACGCCACCGCCUGCGACGACGAUACCCCCUUCCGCCACCUCGUCUCCCUCCGCCUCGCCAACUGCUCCCCGGACCUCGACAUUCCCACCACCGCCCUCCGCGCCCUCUCGACGCUCCGCUCCCUCGCCUUCCUCCGCUGCCCCAUCCCCGUUCCCAGGCAUCUCCCCGGACCCCUCACCGCCUCCCUCCGUUCCUUCUCUUGCGACGCCUCCCUCCGCCACCUCACCGGCGUCUGGCUCUCCCGCUUUCAGAACCUAACUGACCUCUCCGUCGUCGGCGUCCCCGUCUCCGCCAGCGGCCCAGCUGUCAUCCUCUCCCAGAUGCACCACCUCCGCUCUGCCACCAUCUCCGCCACCAACCUCUCUGGCGUCGUUCCCCACCACUGGAACGCCCUCGGCCUCGUCCACCUCAACCUCUCCUCCAACCUCCUCAAAGGCCGCAUCCCGAGCUCCAUCUCCGUGCUCGGCUUGAUCCAGACCCUCGAUCUCAGCUCCAAUGCCCUCACCGGAUCCCUCCCCGACACCAUCGGCGACCUCGCCGCCCUCAAAAACGCAUCUUUCGCUCGCAAUUCGCUCUCCGGCCCAGUCCCCGACUCGAUAUCGCAGCUUUCAGCACUCGUCCACCUCGAUCUGAGCUCGAAUCAGUUCAACGGAAGCAUCCCAAAGUUCCUAGCCGAGAUGAAAGGGCUAAAGCUCCUAAACUUGGAGAAGAACAACUUCCAGGGAGUGUUCCCCUUCAACGCGUCCUUCCUACGACGGUUUGAGGUCUUCAAGGUGGGCGGCAACAACAACCUCUGCUACAACCACACUCAGCUUUCUUCCAGUCUCAAGCUCGGGAUCGCUCCCUGCGACAAGUACGGGCUGCCAGUGUCGCCACCCGCGGACCGCUCCACUCGGGCGGACUCGUCGGAUUACUCCGACGACAGCAGCGACGAAGGGAGUAGAGACAGAGGGAGCAACGGCGGGAGUCACCACGGGCCGAGUAAGCUGGUGCUUGGGGUGGCCAUUGGGCUGUCCUGCUUUGUUUUCUUGGUCAUCUUCCUUGUUUGCUUCUCCAAGGUUUGUAGCUGACGCACCUCGAAAGCGAACUAGUUUGAAUCCAAGAGCAAAAAAAAUUCUUUUUUUUUCCUCUAUUUAUUUCUCAGCAACUCUUCAGUCUCAUCUCAUUCACGAUCACUGUAGCACCAUUCUCCCGAAUAAAAAAGAGAUUUUGUA